AUGGACGGCGAGUUUGCGGGGGGCGCCCCCCCGGUCGAGGACUUUACCAAGAUGUCGGUCGAGGACAGGCUAGCGUCCAAGGCCUGGAAGGCGAGGGUCUCGGCAUACGAGGAGCUCGUCAAGUCGUUCGCCCGCACAUCGUCCGACGCGGAUCCAAUCUUCCGCACGUACGCCCGCAACCCGGAGCUGAUCCGCGCCAUGGUCGUCGACAGCAACGCUGUGGCGCAGGAGAAGGGAGUCGACGCCGCCCGAGCGUUUGUCGAGUUCGGCGGCAACGCGGCGGGAAGGACACGAGAGGUCGUCGUGCCUUCGCUGGUAGAAAAGUGUCUCGGUUCGACGCGGGCGGGGACCAAGAAAAACGCCCUCGAGCUCGUCAUGCUCUACGCCGAAAACGAAGACGUCAUGGGCUGCGAGGGCCUGACGAGCGACCUGCUCGCCGGCCUCAAGGCCAAGCAGCCCAAAGUGGUGGCGGGCUGCGUGGCGGCGCUCAAGGACCUCACGCGCGACUUUGGUCACAAGCAGGUCAAGCCCAACCAGAUCCUCAAGAAGCUGCCCGACAUCUUUGCCCACUCGGACAAGACGGUGCGGGCCGAGGGCGCGCUGCUGGCGCAGGAGCUCUACCGCUGCAUCGGCGCCGCGAUCGAGCCGACCAUUUCGGCGCUCAAGGAGAUCCAGGCAAAGGAGCUGCGGCAGCAGUUUGAGGCCAUCGAGGGCAAGUCGACGCCGACCCGCUUCCUCAUCUCGCAGCGCGCCGUCGUAGAGGCCGCGGCGGCAGCGGCGCCCGCCGCCGAGGCUGACGCGGGCGGCGAUGCGGCCGACGACGGCGCGGGCGGCCAGGACGACGAGGACGACAUCGACCCGUACGACCUGGCCGACCCGGUCGACGUCUUCGGCAGCCGCGACUUUCCGGACAACCUCGACGAGAUGCUGGCGUCGAAAAAGUGGCAGGAGCGCAAGGAGGCGCUCGAGGCGGUGCUCAAGGUGAUGAACUCCUCGCUCAAGAUGAAGCCCGACUCGCGCUUCGACGGCCUCGCCGACAGCCUCGCGCACAAGAUCACAAAGGACGCCAACAUCAACGUGGUGCUGGUGUCGUGCCAGUGCCUCGAGGCGAUGGCCAAGGGCCUGCGCGAGGGCUUCGCGCGCUACAAGGAGAAGGUGGUGCCCCCGAUCAUCGAGAAGCUCAAGGAGAAGAAGGCGUCGACGGUCGAGGUGCUCGCCAAGACGCUCGACGCCAUCUUCCAGACCGUCUCGUUCUCCGACAUUCUCGAAAACGUUCUCAACGGGCUCAAGCACAAGAACCCGUCGGUCAAGACCGAGUCGAUCCGCUUCCUCGUCCGGUGCCUCCGCACCACGCGGACGCCGCCAGCCAAGGGCGACAUCAAGCCGAUCGGCGACGCGCUCGUCGCGGCCAUGGGCGACGGAUCGCCCGACGUCCGCGACGCCGGCGCGGCGGGCCUCGGAACCCUCAUGAAGCUCAUCGGCGAGCGGCCGAUGAACGCCUUCCUCGAGCCGCUCGACGACAUCAAGAAGGGCAAGCCGGCCUCGGCGACCGAGCCGGUCAAGUACCGCUUCAACUCCGAGGAUGCCGAGGCGCGGGCUGCCGACCUGAUCCCGGAGGGCAUCGCCGCACAGCUGGCGAGCGGCGUCUGGAAGGACCGGCUGGCCGGCAUGACCGACUUCAACGCCUGGCUCGAGCGCGAGGUCGACGAGGUCGAGGCCGAGAUCAUCGUGCGCGCGCUGGGCAAGAAGCCGGGCUGGAAGGAGAGCAACUUCCAGGUGCUGGCCGAGGUGUACAAGGCGCUGCGGAAGCUGGCCGAGGCAUCGCCGACGUUUGGGAGGCCCUCGGUUGCCCUCUCGGUGCAGCCGCUGUGCGACAAGCUGGGCGACAUCAAGCUCAAAGGUCCGGCGGCCGAGACGCUCGGCCUGUACGCGGAAAAGACGUCGUACGGCUUCCUGCUCAACCAGGCCCUCGGGCCGCUGGCGGGCCUCAAGGCGCCCAAGGCCAUCGCCGACUCGAUCCUGUGGGUCGACCAGAGCCUGCUCGAGUUUGGCACGGCCGGGGUCGAUGUCCGCGGCCUGAUUGGCUACCUCGUCACCUGCCUCAAGUCGGCCAACGCCGGGGUGCGGACCAACGCGACCAAGGCCAUCGGCACGCUGGCAAGGUUCCUGGGCACCACCCUAAACAGCUUCCUCGGCGACCUCAACCCGCAGCUUAAGACGACGAUCGAGGCCGAGAUCGAACAGGCCGCUAGCAACCCGCCGCCUGCGCCGACGAGGUUCAGCGACGAGAAUCGGCUCCCCGAAGCGGCUGCGGGCGGAGGAGGAGGUGGAAGAGGGGGUGAUGAUGGAGCUGCGGGCGGCGCAGGCGGUGGCAUCGACGAGGACCUCUUGGACGAGCUGGUGCCCCGCGUCGACAUCGACAAGCUCGUGCACGGCUCGACGGUCGCCCGCAUGAGCGAUGCCAACUGGAAAGAGCGCAAGGAGGCGCUCGAGGAGAUCCAGGGCAUCGUCACGGCCAACACCCGGCUCAAGGGCAACAUGACUGAGCUCGCCGCGGCGCUCAAGCUGCGGUACUCGGACAGCAACAUCAUGUGCAAGACGCUGGCACUCGACGUCGCCGCCAAGAUUGCCACGGGCAUGAACAAGAACUUUGAGCCCCACGCACGCAUCUUGGUCGGCCCCAUCACGCAGGUGCUCUCGGACGCCAAGGCGCCCGUGCGUGCCUCGGCCGUGGCCACUCUGACCGCCAUCGCAGAGCAGAUCGGAGUGGGCCCGAUGGUGCCCGGCUUCUGCAGCGUGCUGGAGAGCUCCAAGAUCGCCAACCCGAUGCUGCGGCAGGAGCUGUUCGCCUGGCUCGGCGCGUGGUUCGAGGGCCACAUGCCGGAGAAGGGCAUGGACCUUGCGGGCCUGGCGCUGCCCGCCGUCCAGUCCCUUGACGACAAGCUCGCCGCCGUGCGGAAAGCGGCGCAGUCGGCGCUGCCCUACAUUGUCCUCCGGGCCGGCUACAAAUUCGUGCUGGAGCAGGCCAACCAGCUCAAGGCUGCCUCGCGGAACACCGUGGUGCCCCUCAUCGACGCAGCAAAGUCCCAAGCGGCCGCUCUACAACCGGCGGCAGCAGCGCGCGCGGCGCCUGCCCCCGCUGCUGCUCCGGCGGCCGCAAGGCCUGGCCUGGCGAGGCCGGGCGCCGCUAGACCAGCUGCCGCUCCGGCCGCUAGUGCCGGACCCAGCAGCAGUGGCAGCAGCCCCGUGUCUGCCGUGCGAGCCAGCAGCGCGUCUCGGAUCCCGUCGUCCGAGGAGCCCGACAUCGGCGUGCCCCAGUCCCGCCUCGGCAUGACCAAGAGGGCGCCCGCAGCGGCCUCGUCGUCUUCGAGCGCGCCGUCCAGCUCGUCGGUUCCGGACCAGGGCCCGCCGUUCCUGUCGGCCGACCUGCGCCCCAAGGCGCUCCGGGAGAAGCGCGAGGGGCGGGGCCAGAACUGGAUCGGGGCCGAGGGCGCGCCGCGUCCGGAGCUCGUCGACGUGCUGCGGUCGCAGUGCGAAGGCAGCCUGAGCCGCGGGCUGAUCGACUCCCUCUUCAGCAAAGGCAACAGCGCCGAAAAGGAGUACAUGUCGGCGCUGACGCUGAUCGCCAACUUUGUGUCGAGCCCGAGCUUUGCCGAGGAAGAGUACGGCCUGUCGCCCGACGACACCAACGGGCGGAUCGUGGCCAACUCGGACCUGGUCUUCAAGUACGUGGCGAUCCGGCUGACGGACAACAACACGACCAUGUCGCUCAAGUGCCUCGACAUCCUCGAGCAGCUCGUCGACCUGCUGAGCGGCCAGCAGUUCCACAUGAGCGACUACGAGGCCAACAGCCUGCUGCCCUGCCUGCUCGCCAAGUUCGGCGACCCAAAGGUCACGUUCCGCGACCGCAUCCGCGAGAUUUUCCGCAAGCUGACGUUCAUCUUCCCGCCCAGCAAGCUCUUCACCCACUACAUGGAAAACGGGCUGCCGUCCAAGAACGCCCGGGUGCGUACCGAGUGCCUGGGCGAGCUGGGCCACCUGAUCGCCAAAAACGGGCUGCAGGUCUGCUCUCCGGCCAAGACAUUCCCCGUCAUCGCCAAGCAGAUCAGCGACCGGGACGCCAACGUGCGCACGGCGGCGCUCAUGGCGCUCGGCGAGGCGUACAAGCUGGUCGGCGACGACGUCUGGAAGAUGAUUGGCUCGCUUCCGGGCAAGGAGAUGUCGCUGCUCGAGGAGCGCCUGAAGCGGACGGCGGCGCCGGCGGCCAAGCCCAGCGCCAUCGCGCGGGCGCCCGCCAGCAAGAUGGGCAGGGCGACGCCGGGUUGCAGACGAGGCCGGGCCCUCGAUCUCGUCGCCAGCGCGCGCCUCGAGAUGGGCAGCUCCAGGUCCAGGUCGUCGUCGCAGAGCCAGCCCUCGCAGUACGCGUACGUGAGGAACAGCGGCAGCCGGCUGGCCAACUCGGUCACCGACGCCGACGUGGGCUAUGACGACGACGAGGCCGAUGCACGCCAGGACGGAUUCGGCGAUGCGGACCGGGACGACGACGACGACGGCGACGACGGCCCGUACGGCGGAACGGGCAGCCUGCGGGUGGAGCAGACCAUCAACGAGAUCCUCAGCAGCGAUGCCGAGCGGAGCGUCGCGGCGCUCAAGGACGUCCACCAGUUCCUGGAGCAGGGCGAGCCCUCGAUGGUGUCGCACGCCGACCAGCUGGGCAACGUGCUGGCCAAGCAGGCGCACCGCGCAUUCUCGAUGGCCGACAGCGACGCCGGCAACGAGCGGCUCAUCAAGCAUAUCCUGUUUGACCUGCUCAGCAUGUUUGACAAGGAGCUGGUGUGGGACGAGGGCCGGCCGCUCGGGUCGUACCUGGGCAAGCAGACGCUGGUGCCGCUGCUGACCGAGCUGCUGCAGCAGCUGAUCGAGGAGAGCGCCAAGCCGCCGGGCGACGAGCGGGCGCAGACGCUGGCCAAGUACCUCAACAACGUCGUGCUCAAGUGCUUCUCGGCGUGCGACCUCAACGCCCUGUACGGCGCGUGCCUCUCGAUGCUGACCGAGGCGACCGAGGACAUGCGCGAGCUGUCGGGCGCGGUGCUCGACACGCGCGUCAAGUUUGCCGAGCUGACGAUGAAGUGCCUCUGGAAGAUUGCCAAGCGCCUUCCGUCGUGCCUGGCCGAGCAGCAGAUUGACCCGGCGCAGCUCAUCGCCGACAUCGAAGAGUUUAUGAAGGUCAUCACGCCCAACGAGUGGAAGCGGCGCGCGGCCGAUGGCGUCCCGAUGGGCGACAUGCCGCUCAAGACGAUGAAGGUCAUCCUCACUCACAUCACGUCGACCUUUGGCGAAGAGUCGCUGUCGAUGCUCGAGCUGCUCGAGAGCCCCGAGUCGAGCCACGUCUACAGCUACCUCAUGCGGCUGCUCAACCAGCACGGCGCCGGGCCCGCCGACCGCGGCGCUGCACAGCCAUCCCCCGAGGCGGGCGAGUCGGAGAGGGCGGCGGCACGACCGGCGCGAUCACGAGCGUCGGUGGACGGCAACGGCAACGGCAACGGCAACGGCGCGUCCUAUGCGGCGCCGUCGGCCAAUAGCGCACCAGGCUCGCCGCGAGCCUCGGCAAAUGGCGACGGCGGCGUGGGCCACGGCAACGGCCAGGGCAACGGCGCUCCGAGGGUCGUCUCAACCGACGUCGAGGAUCCGGCCACGGCCGAGCUGCGCGCCAUCUUUGAGCGCAUCUCACACAAGGAGCAGUCGAGGAUCGCCAUCCGGCAGCUGUACGAGUUCCAGAAGAAGUACCCGCACAAGGAGCCCAGCAUCCAGCGCGCGCUGCAGAACACGGGGCCCAUCUUCCAGCGCUACGUCAAGCGGGCGUUGGCGAACCAUGCCGCGGAUGACCUCGAGGCCUCGAGCGCGGUGGCCUCGCCGCAGCUGGGCGAGACUGAGCGUCCGGAAUCCGGCACGUUUACCUCGUCGGCACGGACCUCGCUGCGGUCGAGCCUCAACAUGGAUGCGGGCGCGGGCGCCGCCUCGACUGCGGCCGUCACGCCGUCGCUGCCGACGUCGGCGUCGUUUGCGCGGCACAGCCCGAGCUCGAGCAUCAGCGCGAGCACGAGCACGACGUCGCCAAAGGGCAGCAGCCACCUGCGUUCGUCGACGCACGACGACCGGCUGGCCGAGCUGCGCGCCAAGUUUGCAAAGACGUCGACGGGCUCCUCGAUCUCGUCGUCGUCGUCGUCGGUCUCGACCAGCCGGGCCGAUAUGACCGCCGCCGGCGGCGGUGGCGGUGGCGGCGGCGGUGGGGCGGCCGAGGUCGAUUGA